UAGCUGUUGCUCGCGACUAUACCCGCUUUUUGAAAAAAUGUAGCUUUCGUUACUCACAUGCAAAUUACCUUUCUGAUGGUAAAAGAAAAUUCUGAUGAAAGAAUCGCGCCGCUAGGGGGUCACGACCGGCGGUUUAUUUAGUACGUUUUCGAUGGCUGGUGGGUCGCACGAGCGUUGGGGCAGCCAGUUAGAGUACCUACUAUCAUGUUUAGGAUACGCCGUCGGCAUUGGAAACAUUUGGAGAUUCCCAUAUCUGUGUUAUAGGAAUGGAGGAGGUGCAUUUCUCAUACCGUAUUUCCUGACUCUUGUCAUCUGCGGCAUCCCGCUUGUGUAUUUGGAGACGACGCUGGGUCAGUUUGCGAGCGCGGGAUGUAUUUCUAUAUUCAACAUCAACCCACUGUUCAAAGGAGCGGGAUAUGCAGUGAUCUUAGUGAACAUAAUUGCUACAACAUACUUCGCUGCUAUAAUGUCAUUCCCCUUGCUGUACAUCUAUCAUUCGUUCACUUCUCCCCUGCCCUGGCAGAACUGUGGAAACUCAUGGAACACUGAUCGUUGUUCUGAGUUAACUGGAAACUCCACAUCUGUAAUAGGAAGUACAGGAGCGGUAACGACUCCCGAAGAUGAAUUCUUCCAUAUACGUCUACUACAAAUGUCGCCAAACAUUCACGAGAUCGGUGGCAUCGUGUGGCCUCUGUUCUGUUGCAACCUGAUCUGUUGGGUGUUCGUCUACCUCUGCAUUUGUGGUGGUGUCAAGAGCGUCGGUAAGAUUGUUUACUUCACAGUUCUGUUUCCGUAUGUGGUGCUUUUCGCUCUGUUCAUACGCGGCGUGACGUUACCCGGCGCCGGUCAAGGGAUAUUAUAUUUUAUACUUCCUGAUUGGAGCCAGUUGAAGAAUCCCAAGGUAUGGGCAGAUGCUGCAACACAGAUAUUCUACUCGCUUGGUCCGGGAUGGGGAGGUUUAGUGAGCAUGGCCAGCUUCAAUAAAUUUCACUACGAUAACUUGAGGUCAUCAAUAAUAAUACCAAUAGUGAACAGUGGUACAAGUAUUUGGGCUGGAUUUGUGGUGUUUUCUGUGCUGGGGUUCGCGGCGGAGCGCGCCGGAGUGCCCGUCAGCGAAGUGGCCACCGCGGGCCCGGGACUGGCCUUCAUCACAUACCCAGCGGCAGUCACUUUGAUGCCGGCACCCAAUUUCUGGGCCAUCACCUUCUUUGUUAUGCUAUUUUUUCUGGGAAUUGAUACUAUGUUUGUGACGAUAGAGGCGGUCAUUACAGGGUUCCUAGACGAAUAUCCAAAGUUGCAUCGUCGCAGAAAACUGAUAACUCUUAUGACUUGUUUAGUACUUUUUUCCAUUUCAACUAUCUGUAACACCAAGGCUGGUCUACACAUAAUUGGUUUGCUGGACUCGCACGUGGCGAUAGCUUGCGUUCCUAUUGUCUGCAUCCUGGAGCUGGUAGCGGCUGUGUACACUUACGGCCAGGAUAAACUCAGGAUGGACGUGCUCUUCAUGACCGGCAGACCACUCACGAAUUUCUGGCUGAUACUCUGGAGAUAUAUACUGCCUGUUAUUUUAUUGGUAGUGGCCGGCUACUCGCUGCGUGAAGCGUCAGGCGUAGCUGGCUGGUGUGUCGCACUUGCGUCAGUCGUAUGCAUUCCUAUUUAUGCAAUGACAGUUAUUUACAUGUCUAGAGGACCCAUUCUGCAACGUAUCAAGGAGAACUGUCGAGCGAACGCGCUCUGGGGCCCGGCGGAAAUCGAAGUCCGGGAGCAGUGGAAUACAUACCGCAACAAGUUGCACGUUCCUCUACAUGCAUUGAAUAACGAAGCAUGCACACAAAUAACAUAACAGAUUUGACUAUAAAAUAUAUGUUAUUAAAUAGAACA